AUGAAUAAUAUCCAGGAUAGUAAAAUUUAUGAUUUAGAAACCAACAAAAUAGGGUCUUUUCCUAAAUCAUUAUCAUCUGUGUUAAAAGGCAAAAAAACUACUAGUCUACCAAAAAAAAGAAAAAAACGCAGACUCAUAGCUAAAGCAUGGCAUUAUUUUAAAAUAGAAGGAAAUUUCACAGUAUGCCAAGCAGAAAAAAAAGAACAAGUUACACUUGAACAAGUUCUAGAUAAUGAUGUUGAAAUUGUUCGAUUUAAUCUGUUAUCAGCUCUUGAUAUAGAUGAAGAAAUUAGUUCAGAAGAAGAGAAUGAAGAUAGAGAAAUUGAUGAAUCUACAAUAAAAGUGUUGUGUAAUAUCACUGAUAUUUCAUCCGUGUUGCCCUUAAAGAAAGGAAAAAAAAAUAAAAGAGACGGUCAAAAAUUGUCUCAGUUACUAUUAAAAGAUUAUAACAAGUAUCCCACUUUUUCACUAAUGUAUUCUAUCAUUCGUGAAUUACAAAAUAAAUUUAUAGAUAUGAGUUUAGAAUUAAGUAAUAAUGAUGAAGAUAGCGACAAUGAGGAUGAUUUAGAAAAUGAUGACGACACUCAUUCACAAGCCUCUUCACCACCACCUGAUCUUGAUCAAAUAGAAAAGCAAUUUAAAAUUGCUAUUUAUGACUCUUUGAAUAAAUAUUGGUAUAAUUUUCGUGUAGUUGGAUUGGUAGCUACCCUUUUAGACCCCUGGACCAAAAGAAUGUCUGCAUUUACAAACAGAGAACAAAAAAAGGCUGAAACAAAAUUAAGAAAUGAAUUUGAAAAUUUACAAUGUAUUAAUAAUACUAGCAAUGAUCAACUAGUGCAACAAACAUCAUCAACAGUUACUGAAAUAAUGCAAAAUCUAUUUUUUGAAGGUAUUUUUGGAGUACAGGAUCAAGAAGAUAUACCUUUGAAUAAGGUGGCACGAUAUCUGAAGAUUACCCCUAUUAAUAAUUAUAAUGUCAAUCCUUGA